AUGUCGCUGACGGCGGUGAUGAAGGAUGAGCAAGGUCGGCCCUUCAUUGUCGUCAGAGAUCAGGGGAAGAAGAAGCGCCAGUUUGGCAACGAAGCUGUCAAGUCACACAUCCUCGCCGCCCGAACAGUUGCCAACAUCGUCAAGACGUCCCUUGGCCCUCGCGGUCUCGACAAGAUCCUAAUCUCUCCGGACGGCGACAUCACGGUCACGAACGAUGGAGCUACCAUUCUCCAACAGAUGGAAGUCAGCAACCACGUUGCCAAACUGCUGGUGGAGCUUUCAAAAUCACAAGACGAGGAGAUUGGCGACGGCACGACUGGUGUUGUCGUCCUGGCGGGCGCCCUCCUCGAGCAGGCCGCCGACCUCAUCGACAAGGGCAUCCACCCUAUCCGCAUCGCCGACGGCUACGACCAGGCCUGCGACAUUGCUGUUGCCGAGUUGGACAAGAUCUCAGAUACCAUCGAGUUUACAAAGGAGGAGACUUCUAACCUACUCAAGGUGGCGCGGACGAGUUUGGGAAGCAAGAUUGUCUCCAAGGCUCAUGACCAGUUUGCCAACAUUGCCGUUGACGCCGUUCUGUCCGUGGCCGACCUCGAGCGGAAAGACGUGGACUUUGAUUUGAUCAAGGUCGAUGGCAAGGUCGGUGGCGCUCUCGAGGACACCAUCCUCGUCAAGGGCGUCAUCAUCGACAAGGAUUUCUCUCAUCCCCAGAUGCCCUCAGAGGUCAAGGAUGCCAAGAUUGCCAUCCUGACAUGUGCUUUCGAGCCCCCCAAGCCCAAGACCAAGCACCACCUCGAUAUUACAAGUGUGGAGGAGUUCAAGAAGCUGCAAAACUACGAGAAGGAGAAGUUUGUCGAGAUGAUCCAGCAGAUCAAGGACACUGGUGCAAACCUGGCCAUCUGCCAGUGGGGUUUUGACGACGAGGCGAACCACCUGCUGCUCCAGAACCAGCUCCCCGCUGUUCGAUGGGUCGGUGGCCCUGAGAUUGAAUUGAUUGCUAUUGCAACCAACGGCAGGAUAGUACCUCGCUUUGAGGAUCUGAAGCCAGAGAAGCUGGGUUCCGCUGGCAUUGUCAGAGAAAUGUCGUUUGGCACUACAAGAGAGAAGAUGUUGGUCAUUGAGGAGUGCGCCAACACCCGAGCUGUGACUGUUUUCGUGCGAGGAAGCAACAAGAUGAUCAUUGAUGAGGCCAAGCGUUCACUACACGAUGCGCUCUGCGUCGUAAGGAACCUUGUAAGAGACAACCGAGUCGUCUACGGAGGUGGUGCUGCCGAGAUUGCUUGCUCUCUAGCAGUUGAGGAUGCCGCAGGCAAGACUCCUGGCUUGGAGCAGUACGCCAUGCGUGCGUUCGCCGAAGCCCUGGAUGCCGUCCCCAUGGCCCUGGCCGAGAACAGCGGUCUCAACUCCAUCUCAACCUUGGCGGAAGUGAAGAGCCAGCAGGUCAAGGCAGGACCAAGCGGCAGAGGAAAGCUCGGUGUUGACUGCAUGGGACGUGGCGACAACGAUAUGAAGGCCGCCUUUGUCAUUGACCCGCUUAUUAGCAAGAAGCAGCAGCUCCAGCUGGCAACACAGCUGUGCCGCAUGGUUCUCAAGGUUAACAAUGUCAUUGUGUCUGGCUCUGACGAGAAUGAUUUUUAAGGGAGCUUGAAUCUGAACAUAGAUAAGGGGACAUACAAAAAGCCUGGUUGGUCAAAUAGAAACCAUUUUGCUCGUCGCUGCGAGUUGAUAAUCU